GUUUUACCGCGGUCAGUCACGAGUUACGGCCGGGCUCCAAUCUGAAACAUCGACAACGCGGUUUUGAAAAGACUUAGCGGUUACUUGUGCUUGGUUGGUGACUUUAAUGCUCAGUUUGAAUAUGUGAUUUAGGGCCCAUUUAAAGGGAUCUAAAUAUGGAUUCAAUUAAGGAACCCUUAAUAACAGUAUAAUGAAGAAAAGAGUGUUAUUCACAGUGAUUAUCGUAUUAUUGUGUGUUAUUCAUAGUUUUAAGGCGUUUGAAGUUCAAGCAGAAGAUUUACAACAUUUUGGAUUAUCAGAAAGACACACAAAAUCGGAUUUCCAAGGAUGGCCGCGUCUAGUAAAGUCGCACAAAAAACAUAAACACGGAAGAAAAAUUGAAAAACGCCUAGCCAGAUGCAGACGCUACACUCAGUACCAACGAUUACCCUCGUUUCAACCAAAUUACCAAAAUGGAUACCGAAACGGAUACCAAAUCGAUCCAAACGUAAUACCUUCUCAAUAUUUGCUACCUGAGUAUUAUGUACCAACGCGUUGUAACACUUAUUGCGAUCCUUGUUCUACUUCAUCCUGUAGAAGAAGAUGUCCUAAUGUUUAUUAUCCAAGUGUAGUACCUAUGUGGCCUACAAGAAAACCUUUCAGGCCUACCGAUAAACCAGCAUCGAAGACAACAUCUUCAAGGACAACAUCAAAAACACCUUCAUGGACAACGCACAGAACACCACCUACAAGAAUAACGCACAGAACACCACCUACAAGAAUAACGCACAGAACACCACCUACAAGAACAACGCACAGAACACCAACUACAAGGACAACGCACAGAACACCAACUACAAAGACAACACCUGGAUCUAAGGGUACGAGUAAAAGAACUACUAUUUGGAUUAACACUCAUACACCUGCUAAAAUUAUUAUUAAAAAUCCUUGUGCAUGCGACCCCAAUGGUUCCAUAUUUCUUACCUGUAAUCAAACAACUGGAGCAUGUUUUUGCAAACCACACUACGUUGGAAUUGACUGUACUAUUUGUGAGGAUGGUUACUGGAAGAAAAAUAAAGCAUGCGUCGAAUGCAAAUGUAAUAAACAUGGUACAACUCCAAACACCGUUUGUGACAAGGAAACCGGAAAAUGUCAAUGUAAACCAGGAGUUACCGGUCAACAGUGUACAAAUUGUCUACCCGAUCAUUAUGGAAGUAUUCAAUCUACCUGCAAAAAAUGUGAUCCUUGUAAUAAAAAGGGCCAUAUCUGCGAUCCAACAAAUGGUAAAUGUGUCUGUCCUCCACUAACAGCAGGUCAAGAUUGUGAAAAUUGCGCAAAAAAAUCAUGGGGAUACGAACCAGGCAUAGGCUGCAAAGAAUGUAAUUGUUCACUGACUGGAAGUUUUAAUCAACAAUGCGAUCAAACCAGAGGCAUAUGCAGUUGCAAUGUCGGUUUUGAAGGUGAAAAAUGUAACAAAUGUAGUUUUGGUUACUUUGGUUAUCCUGAUUGCAAAAAAUGUAUCUGUGACCCAAUAGGUACAGAUGAAGAUCAUUGUCAACACGGUCUCUGCAAAUGUAACAACACCGGAAUUUGUAGGUGUAAGGAAAAUGUUCAAGGAAAAUAUUGUGAUCGUUGUAAAGAGAAUCAUUACGGUCUUUCUAAAGAAAAUAUCAAAGGAUGUACAGAAUGUUUCUGUUUUGGCAGAAGCAACAGGUGCCAAGAUGCGGAAUACCACUGGAACAAAUCGACGAGAUUAGAAAGAAAUCUAGAAGAGGAUAAUCAGGUAACUGAAGAUGAGUUAAGUUUGCCCAAAUCAUUUUUGGGAGAUCUGACAGCUUCCUAUGGAGGAUAUUUAGUUGCAGAAGUAGCUGGUGGAUAUUUUGACGUAUUUUUGGAAGGAAAUAAUGUGAAAUUAACCGUUACCGAUAACCUGAACGAACUACAAUUGAUAGAAUCUAAUAGAUGGAAAGUUUCUUCAAGAAAUUUAGAUUUUCCUGAAAGUUGCAUUGACAAUUUAACAAGAACAUGUUUCAUGGUUAUAUUGCAAAAUGUUACAUCAUUUAUUAUUAGGGCUAAUAAUAGAAUUAAAGAAAUUCUCCUAGAUAAAGCCACAAGUGAAAUUUCUGCAUAUCCCAAAACGCAUUCAGUCGAAAAAUGCAAAUGUCCGCCACAGUACACAGGACUUUCAUGUGAAGAUCCUAAUGAAGGCUAUUAUCGAUAUUUCUCUGAAGACUCUAAUCUUCCUUGGAUUGAUCGCAUUAUAGGAAUAGCUAAGAAAUGCGAAUGUAGAGAGCACUCAAAUGAUUGCGAUCCAGAAACGGGCCAUUGUAAGAAUUGUACGCAUCAUACUACUGGAGAACAUUGUGAAAAAUGUGACGAUGGCUAUUAUUUAGAUAAAAAAGGAGAGUGCAAAGCUUGUCUUUGCCCUUCGGCUGAACAAAAUAAUGCUAAAACAUGCACUACAAUAAUUGGAGGGGGUUUUACAUGCCAAUGCAAGAAAGGUUAUACUGGACUAUCCUGUGAUAAGUGUGAUGCCAAAUAUUAUUCACCAACCAAUUCUUCCCUCUGUGUACCAUGCGAUUGCAAUCAAUAUGGUGUAAUUAGUGGAGACACCGAAAUAUGUGAUGAAAAAGGAAUUUGUCGCUGUAAAGAAGGAUUCACAGGUGACAAGUGCAAUCAGUGUGUAAAAGAAAGAGAAUAUAUUGAGAAUGGAGUAUGUAAAUCUUGUGACGAGUGUACAAUGAUACUCUUUAAAGAAAUAGAUAGCAUGAAACUAGACAUAGAAAAUAUUUACGAGAUGUUCAGAAAUGGAGUUGGGCCACCAUGGAGAAAGUUGACAGAGAAUCUAAACAAACAUAACAUGUUAUCAGAAAAAUAUAAAUCGAAGCAAAAACAAUACGACGAUGUAUUAAAAGGCAAUCAAAUUGACCAACUUGAAUUCAAAGUUGAAGAAUUAGAAGACAAAAUUAUAAAUAAUAACGAAUUAUUAGAAGAUAAUAUAAAUAACGCAGAUAAAUUAACAGAUAAUUCAACUAGAUUACUAAAAGAAACUGAUGAUUUAAGCAAAAAACUUGUUAGUAUUAUUCAGUCACUUGAAAACUUUGGAACUAAACAUGUAAAUUUAAAAGAAGCACUCUCCAGAGCUCGUCAAAUAUUAAAGCAAAUUCAGAAUUCUUCCAAGCUCAUAAAUAACUUAAACAAUAAAGAUAUUUUUGAAUAUUGUUCCUCAAUAAAUAGAAAAGUAGAUGUUUUAUAUGGACAUCCUCCAAAAACCCCUCCUAUUAACAUAAAUGAAAUAAAAAGAAAAAUUAACAACCUAUUUGAUCUAACAAAUACCAUCGAAAAAAUAGUUGCGUUAGCUGAUGCUAAAAAUACAGAAAACUCGCAAAGGCUUGAAUCAGUAAAAGAAAAAAUAGAAAUAUUGAAAAGUAAAAAUAAACAGUUCAAUACUUCGUUUGGUUCUAUCUUGGAUAAAAUAAACAAAACUGAAGACGUUUUGGAAAGUUUGGAGAUGGUUUAUCAGGAUUUAGUAGCUAUUUCGAAUUUUAAAGAAUACGAUGAGCUUGACAAUAGGAUAAAAAGACAAAUGGAAGAUAUUCCGGAAGUUCAGACAUUAUAUGAUAAGGCUGUCGAUCAUGUACAAGAAUUGGAAAGAAAAGUUGAAGAAUAUCAUGGUAUGUUUAACUUUACAAAAGAUGAAUGGAAGAAAAUUAAUGCAGGUGGUGCUUAUGAAGCAAUCAUCAAAGGUAUCAAAAAGGCACGGGAGAGUCUUAAUCAUGCCAAAGAAACUAUGGAAAAGGCUAAGAAAUUGAUAAUGCCGGACGAUGCUGAUAACUUAGAUACAAAGUCGAAUUUGGCGCAAACUUAUUCUGAUAGACUGAAACAAAGAAUAAAUAAUUUGAAGAAUCUUUCGAAAAAUUUAAAUGAAAUGAAAGGAAAAAUAGAUCAACUAAAAUAUAGUAUCGUGGAAAAUGGCAAGUCAAAUAAUGAAGUUUCGCAAAAUUUGCAGAAGGCUAACAAGCAUAUUACAUCUCAAGCUUAUAAAGUACUUAAAGUAGAAAAAUCAAUUCGAAGUGCAUCUGAGGUGUCGGAUACAAUGAGAGAUACUUACAAAAAGAUGGACGAUAUGAUUUUCGAUAAACAGUUUAACUUUGACAAAAAAUAUCAGAAAUAUCAGGAACAAAUUAAUCCUAAAGAAAUUAAACAUUUAAAUUCUGAUCUAAGAUCGGCCAGGGAUGCACUUAAAAGUCUACAUAUAUCGCAACCAGAAGAUAAUAAUGUUUUAAAGGGAUCGAGCACCAGACUUAAUAAUUUAGAACAGAAAACCAAAGAGCUUCAAAAUCUAAUUAAUUUAGCUAAGCAACAAGUUGAAGGAGUUAAUGUUGCUAUGAAGCUUAAAAAUUGUCGUAUGAAUUAUAAACUUCCUAAAACACAGUAUUUCCAAAGUCUUGCUAUAACAUUUAAUUGCAAAGAUUGUUUACUGUUCAACUGGACAAAAACCACAGAGGAAUCUUUUGUAGUAAGAGUUAAAGAAGGACAAGUUAUUACUAGUAUAGAAGGGAAAGAUAUCAUUAUUGAUAAAAAUGUUUCAGGAGAAAAUACUUUGCGAAUACAAAAAACCGGAUCUUUAUUAAAAUUACAACUUGGUGUCAAAGAAAAAAGUAAACGUUUGAAUGGUAUGCAAUUUAUUAACACUGAUGACAGCAUAGAAGUGGGAAAUGCAGAAAACUCGAAAAAUGAGAUAGAUAAUGCAUAUAUCUAUAAAAUUAUUCUAAAUGGAGAAAAUUUUGGUUUAUGGAAUUUCGCAGAUACCAAUGGAAAAUGUAUCGGUCAAAAAAGGAAUAUUUCUGUAGAUGACAACAUGAACAGUCUUUAUAACGGAAAGGGAUAUUUUGAAUAUGGAUUAAACACCAAUCUAAAUCCCAGCAAAUUUUCAAUAAAAUUUGAAUUCAGUACUUUUGACGAAAAUAGUAACAUUUACUUUGCAGUACAUUUUGCCACCUGUUCAUUCAUUAACCUAUAUUUAGAAAACGGAUUUGUCUAUUUACUCAUACAACUUAACAAUGAACAAAUUAUGACUAAAACAAGUUCCUCGAAAGUGAAUGAUGGAAAAACUCACCAAGCAGAGAUCAGUUGGAAACUAGAGCGAAAAAAACUAGACCGAGAGAAACAAGAGAAACAAGGGAAACAAAUCUUCAUCAUUUAUAAUUUGGUAGUGGAUAAUAAUCGAUCCAAUACUUCCAAACAAUUAAUCGAAAGAGAAAACGUUUUCAAACUUAAAGAAGCCAAGCAUUACUUGGGAGGCGUUCCACCAACGUUCAAUAAAACUUGCGUUCCAAUAAAAAAGCAAUCAUUUCUAGGAUUGCUUGAAUUAAAAUCUCAGUUAAAUAAUGCAAGCAUUUCUUAUGGAAUCAUAAAAACUAAGACUUUGACAUUCAGCCAUGCUUGGAUUAACCAAAACGGUUAUUUGAAACUUAAUUACCCACAAGAAGUAUUGGAGAAUAUUAGCUUUAUCUUAAGACCAACCGUUUCAAGUGGAACAAUUAUAAAAUUUAACGAUGACCAAAGUAUUGAUUUGAAGUACUCGAAUAUUAUUAUUGAUGGUAUAAAAUAUAACAAUUCUAAUAUAACUUUAAAUGACUACAAUAGUAUCGAGAUUAAAUUAGGCAAGACGAAAGAAUUAAAAAUUAAUGGACUACCAUACGAUAUAUCAAAGAAACCUGAUAUUACAAUAAAACAGCUGCAGUUAGGAAAAGAAAAUGGAGAAUAUGACGGUGGAAUUAGGGAUAUAAUGAUAAAUAAUAAGGUCAUUCAGUUUGAUAACUCCACAGUUAAUGAAUUCAAAAACGUUGAAAUAGGAAGGGAAAAACCACUUUUAGAAUCUAAUAUCAACAUGAAAAGUUUAACAAUGACCAAUUUAACAAAUUCUAUGCAAAAUACUGAUAGAUGUACUGAAUUUGAUAGCAACGACGUUGAACAAGAUGCCAUUAAAUUUGGAGACAAACCAAAUAGUUACACGUACAUUGCAACCAAGUUUUGGAGAAGUAAUUUUACUCUCAUAUUUGAUUUCAGAACAUUUUAUCCAAAUGGAGUUUUGUUUAUAUCGAUUAACAAACGAAGAAAUUACAUUUUGCUUCAAUUAAAGGAUGGUCAGCUACAACUUAACAUAGAAGGUAGAAAGAAAAAAGUAAAAACCCUACCAAUAAGUUCCGAGAAAAAAAUGAACGAUGGUAAAUGGCAUAAUAUACGAUUGACUAGGAAACUAAAAAAAUUAACAGUUAUUGUCGACAAACAAAGUAAACCUAACCGUAUCAACAUGAGGAUUAAACCAAAAGACGAAAUAUACUUUGGAGGAGUAUCUCCAAAUUCGGAAUAUGCAAUUACACCUGACCUAACGAAUCAACUUAUACCUUUUAGAGGUUGUAUGAGAUCUCUUGAAAUAAAUAAUGAGCGGCAAUUUUUGAUAAAUAACAAAAACGUACAACAUUCCAAUAUUACACUAUGCUUUUCAAAAGUAGAGGAUGGAGCUUACUUUGGAGGCGAUGCUUAUGCCAUAUACAAAGACGAUUUUCAAAUCAGUGAAAUGCUGGAAUUGGGCUUUGAAUUCAGAACUUCUGAGCAAAAUGGCAUCCUACUGAGUGUUUCUAAUCAUGGAGACUACCCCGCUCUUUCAGUAGAAUUGCAAAAUGGAGCCAUCGUAAUGGCAAUAAAUCUAGGCAACGGAAUAGUUUCUAAUGUGACAAACAAUUUAAAUUCUGAUAUUGCAUUGUGUAAUAACAAGUGGCAUAAUGUUACUGUCAUGUAUUCCAGUUCAGAGCUGACAGUAAAUGUAGAUGGAAUUAGAAAAAGUUGGGUACAGAGCGAUAUUAAUUCAACAAUGGAUGACAUAGAAGCACCGUUAUAUAUCGGAGGACUACCAGAUAACGCUCCUAUAGGAACACUGAAGUCCCUUACAAAUUUUAAAGGCUGCAUACGAAAAUUAAAAAUUGAAAAUCAAUCACUGGACUGGUUGGAUAUGAAUGAUUUAAACAACGUUUUACUAAAUUCAUGUCCAAUUUCAGAAAUUAGCUAGGAAAUAAAUUUUUAUAAAUUAAUUUUAACAAAACUGAAACCAAAUUUACUUAAGUAAUGACUAGUAUUAUGCCAUAUUUGUAUUAUAGUAAAUAACACUGCCAAUGUAAUGUAAAUAGUUUUGUAAAUAAUUAUUUAAUUUUUGUACAACUAUUUUAAAUUAGUUUAAACGAUUAAACAAACAU